CGAAGUUUUAUCCAUAGUCAUUUCUAAAUGAGAGUUGUUAUUCAAAAAGUGAAGAGUGCCUCUGUAACUGUGGAUGAUAAAGUCAUCUCUUCAAUUAAACAAGGUUUAAUGAUCUUGGUGGGGAUAUCAACGCAAGAUACCCGAGAAGAUGCCACGAAGCUUUGCAAUAAGAUAUUGAAGCUUAGAAUUUUCGAAGAUUACGACAAUAAACCUGAAACAGAAAACACACAAAAAUGGGCUGGAAAGCCAUGGGCUAAAAGUGUGCUAGAUGACGAAAAGUUCUCAAUAUUAUCGGUUUCCCAAUUCACUUUAUAUGGGACUAUCAAAAAGGGCACUAAACCUGAUUUCCAUAAAGCCGCAAAAGGUGAGAUCGCAAAAACAUUGUACGACUUUUUCUUACUGGAAUUGAGAGCAGCUGUAGGCGAUGCACGUGUACAAGACGGACAGUUUGGGGCCAUGAUGGAUGUCCUGUUGGUCAACGAUGGACCGGUUACUAUAGUGUGGGACACCAGAGACUCCACCAUGUAG